AUGCCACAGCAAACCCACACCAGCAAUGGAGGGGACAACGUGGGCUCGUUUGCUGAUGGCCUGGCUAUUCACCCAGCAGCACUCGAAUCUCUCGAGUUCGAACGCAUGCGUUGCCUUGCCUUCCACGAUAAACCCUCUCUCUCCGUCGUGCCGCUGGCGCUGCGCUCGUCAGUCGCACGCCAAUGGUCUCACGUCGCGAUGGCGCCGUCUCUGUCUGCCGGCGGAGUGGGUCUGUCCGCAGCGCGACCAUCCACAAGCGGGUUAUCAGCCGGCUUUAAUCAGCGGAGACUAACAUUCUUCCCUGAUUCAGAGCUUGUGGGAGAGGCGCUUGCGCCGGUUAAUGUGGCGUUCGAAGCGCCAGCAGCGGUUUCCACGUCCUCCGCUUUCUGCCAGUCGGCGCAGCCCGCCGUGCGCCAGCGCAGGGGGAGGCGCGGCAUGUCAGCAGUAGCGGCGCAGGCUGUGCGCGGCGAAGGCGUUGUGGGCCUCACCGUCCCGGGUAGCGCCGUCCUGCCCUCGGUGAUUCUCUCCUUCGACCCCUCCUCGCCGCCGCUCUCCCUCCCCACCGACCUGCUCCUCCUCGCUGUCUUCGACUCCGCCCUCUCCCGCGAUGACACGUCAGCAGCCAACUUCACCGGUUUCGCUGCCGACGCACCAGGCGGUGCUGAGCUGGCAUCUAUCGACGCCACGCUGUCAGGCGCCCUCGCUGAGCUGGCAUUUGACCUGGAUUUUAGAGCGAAACCGGGGCAGGUUUCGCAAAUCCUUCGCGUCCCCGGGCAGCCGUUCAAACGAAUUGCGCUGAUGGGGCUGGGAAAGCCGGAUACGCUUUUGAAUGGGGAGGCUGGUGCGUGGCAGAGUGUUUGCUUCGCUAUAGCGAGUGCCGCUAAAACGAAUCUGGCCAGCAAUGUGACCCUCGCGAUUGUAGGCAAGCCAGAGCCGGCGGAGGGUGAGGAGAUUGAAGACUUAAUCGCGGUUCGGGGAAUAGUAACGGGCGCCUUAGUCGGCAGCUUCGAGGACGUGCGGUUCAAAUCAGAGACGAAGGCGAAGGCAAAGGCUGCGAGCGGUUUGAAGGAGUUGCAAGUGGUGGGGCUGGGUGACGCGGAGUCAGUGCUGCAGAAUGUGUUUGAGGCGGAGAGCCUGGCGGCCGGAAUCAUCCUCACCAGGGAGCUCGUCAACGCGCCGCCCAAUGUGCUCACGCCAGCUGCGCUUGCUGACGUGGCGGUGACUCUGGCUGCCAGUCACGUGGACGUGCUGAGUGUGCGUGUGCUGGAGAGGGAGGAGUGCGCGGCGCUGGGCAUGGGCGCUUACAUGGCAGUGGCGGAGGCAUCAGCGGCGCACAACCCGCCCAAGUUCAUUCAUCCUGGCGGGUACAACCUCAAGGCGGGGCCGGGGUCAACGAUUCACCUGAUGAAGUUUGACAUGGGUGGCGCUGCUGCUGUGCUAGGUGCUGCCAAGGGCAUCGCUGCCAUCCAGUUGCCCGGGGUCGAGGUGCAUUUCAUCAUAGCAGCGUGUGAGAACAUGAUCAGUGAAGUCGGCAUGAAGCUGGGCGACAUCAUCACUGCCUCUAAUGGCAAAACCAUUGAGGUGAACAACACGGACGCGGAGGGGCGGCUGACACUAGCGGAUGCGCUGCUGUACGCGCAGCAUCAGGGCGCCCAGAAGAUCGUGGAUGUCGCCACUCUCACUGGCACAUGCGCCGUCGCCCUCGGGACUGACAUUGCUGGUCUCUUCACCCCGAGCGAUCUGAUGGCAGCGCAGCUGGAGUCUUCCUCCAAGAAGAGUGGCGAGAAGGUGUGGCGCAUGCCCAUGGAGGAGGCGUACUGGGAGGGCAUGCACAGCAAGCAUGCUGACAUGCUCAACACGGGCCCCCGACAGGGAGGCUCCAUCACUGCAGCGCUCUUCCUCAAGCAGAAUUACUCCUUGGUGGUCCGUGUGUGUUGCAGUAGCUCCUCUCCUCCUCCCGUCUCUCUCUCACCUACCCAUGAAUCACCAGAAUCUGUGUGGAUUGCAGCAAGGGGUGAAUUCUCUUUCUCUCUCUUCUCCUGCCGCUUUGUUCCCUGCCACCGUUCCCGGGGAGGGCACCAGUUUGUGGCGAAGGGGCUGCCAUGGGCGCUCUUGGAUAUUGCAGGGCCGGUGUGCAGUGAGAAGGUGGGCGGAGGCACAGGCUAUGGUGCGAGCCUGCUGUACCACUGGGUGGCAUUGCACUCCAUCUUCACAUCUCACUUGGACUAG